CAGAACCGUCGCUUCCCAGCAACCGCCGAGUCCCAACAAGCGACGAGGGUUGGUGAAAUAGCUACCUCCUCGCUCCUCCAGGCGGGCGAAAAAAAGGGAAGGGCCGCCUCUUUGUCUCCCGAGAGGCCUUCCAGUACUCGCCGCGUGCGUGGCUCUUUUUCAUAGGGAAAUCAGGCUAUGAAACGUUUACUCUUAACUGCAGGCCAGCAGUUUAGAAGGUGUGCGUGGGCACCUCCAGCAGCCCCGCCCUGGCUAUGGAGCGGUUGACGUUACAGCCGGGGGCCGCCGCAGCCAUAGACGAGUACCUGGAAUACAAGAGAAUUGUAGGUGAAGAUGAUGGGGGAAAACUCUUUACCCCUGAAGAAUAUGAACAGUAUAAGAAAAAAGUGUUACCAAUACGGUUACAAAACAGAUUAUAUGUGAGCUGGAGAUCACCAACUGGUAUGGACUGCAAACUUGUGGGUCCCGAAACCCCAUGUUUUUGUACUCACAGGUAUAAACAACACGAAACAGACUUUGAAGAGAUUCCAAAAGAACGUCCUAUUUCUCUACCUUGUAGGGUGAGCCGAUGCCCGUGCAAAACUUAUAGCUUUGUUCCUCUUAACGGUACUCAGCCCAUCCGUUGUAGAUGUAAGCACUUUGCUGAUCAACACAGUGCAGUACCUGGGUUUCCAUGUAACACAUGUUCCAAAUGUUCAGGGUUUCACAGUUGCUUUACAUGUGGAUGUGGCCAGCCAACAUAUGCCCAUGAAACAGUAGUGGAAACAAAAGAGGAACGCUUAGCCCAAGGAAAACCAGUGGGACAUGAUGUCCCUUAUGCUGCUAUGGGAGGACUAACUGGCUUUAGUUCACUAGCAGAAGGCUACAUGAGACUCGAUGACAGUGGAAUAGGAGCUCCUUCAACUCAAUUCCUAGAAUCUCCUGUAACCAACACGGACCAUCCUUUCUUAAGAGCAUUCCAAGGACCUUCCAGUUCCAUGCAAGCACACUCCCAGUUAACAGAUGGAGGUGCAAGUACAACAAUGCAGGUUUCCGUUUUAAGGAGACCUGAAGAAGAUGACAUGGCUUACUUUGAAAGACGGUAUCAGGAACGGUUGAAACAAGAGAAGGCUGCAAAACAGAAAGGAAAAGGUCCAAUGCCAUCAAAGAAUUCAUAACAACCAAAAAACAAAUAAAUGCCUUUUAUUAAUUGUUAUGUACUAGUACUUAAAUAAGUUUUCCUACAUGAAUACAGUAUAUUAGUUUUCUAUUAAUUCUGUUGUAUCUAAUGCAGUUAAAAUAAUAUGUGGUAGUGUGCCUAUUUCUUUUCAGGCAAAAAUAAUGUUAUCCAAGUAGACUAUGUCCAGGACAGUUGUUUCCUCAUUCACAUGUUAAGCACCAAAGAACAAGUUUGAAGACAGAGAUCAAGCAAUAAAAUUAUAUCCCUGUUUUCAGCUAUUUAGAGCUUCUUUUUGUCUGCAUAAAUUUAUACCAAUCAAAGAGUAUUUUACUACAUUUCA